UUUCUUUUGCAGAUGGCGUCGCAGAUAUUCAUGGCGCUGAAGCGCAAAAAGCGCAUGUCAGACGAGAGCGGUGGCAGCCCCUUGGCGCGGGUGCUCACCCUCUUGGACCUCACGGCCCUCGGGGUAGGAGCCACCCUCGGCUUGGGGGUGUACGUCUUGGCGGGGUCCGUGGCCAAGACGGUGGCGGGACCGGCCGUGUGCCUGUCUUUCCUGGUGGCGGCGGUAGCUUCGGCGGUAGCAGGUUUGUGCUAUGCCGAAUUCGCAGCUAGAGUUCCGAAAGCGGGUUCUGCUUACGUUUACAGUUACGUCAGCGUCGGCGAAUUCGCCGCCUUCGUCAUAGGAUGGAACCUGAUUCUGGAAUACGUCAUCGGUACAGCUAGUGUCGCAAGAGGUAUGAGCAACUACAUAGAUGCUCUAACGGACAAAAGAAUUCGAAAGACCCUUACGGAAUGGAUGCCGAUGGAUAUCGAUUUUUUGUCACCUUAUCCAGAUUUCCUGUCGUUUAUUUUCGUCAUAGCAUUAACAGGGAUACUGGCGUUCGGAGUGAAAGAAUCUUCAACCAUGAACAAUGCCUUCACCGUUCUCAAUUUGAUAACCAUUGUUGUUGCGAUAGUUGCAGGUUCAAUUAAAGCCGACGUGAAAAACUGGCGCAUAAACGUCGCUGACAUCGACGACAAAUACAAGGCGGCGGCGGGCGCGGGCGGCUUCCUGCCCUUUGGCGUGUCGGGCGUGACAGCGGGCGCCGCCAAGUGCUUCUACGGCUUCGUGGGCUUCGACGCGGUCGCCACCACCGGCGAAGAGGCGAAAAACCCCCAGAGGGACAUCCCGCUGUCCAUCGUCGUCUCGUUGUCCAUCAUCUUCGCCGCCUACUUCGCUAUUUCUACCGUGCUCACCAUGGUCUGGCCCUACUAUUUGCAAGAUGCCGACGCCCCGUUCCCGUACGUCUUCGAGCAGAUCGGCUGGAACUCCAUCAAGUGGGUGGUGACGGUGGGCGCCAUCUUCGCGCUGUGCACCAGCCUGCUGGGCGCCAUGUUCCCGCUGCCGCGCGUCAUCUACGCCAUGUCCAAGGACGGCGUCAUCUUUAAGUCGCUGGCGAAGGUCAACACCUACACGCAGACGCCCUUGAUCGCCACGGCGCUCUCGGGGUUGCUGUCAGGUAUCAUGGCUACUAUUUUUGAUCUGGACCAGUUGAUAGAUAUGAUGUCUAUUGGAACCUUGAUGGCUUACACCAUAGUUGCUAUAUCAGUUUUAAUUUUAAGAUAUGACAUUGACGAAAAUGAAGAGUAUCCUGGCCUAGAAAUAAAAGAAAAAACAGAGACAGUCGAGCAGUACAUGGGGAACAGAUUCAAGGCGAUUUUCAAUUUGAACAACAACAAGUAUCCGACCAAAGAUUCGUCCACGAUAGUCAAUUGGAGCAUUGUGAUGUUUAGUGUAUUCACUGGCCUCUUCUGUGCCACUGUUAUCAAUGGAAAAAGUCAAGUUUUUAAUGACACUUUCUAUCUGUUGGGAUUUAUAAUAACUCUCGUUAGCAUGCUGACGUUGUUAGUUAUCAUUGCCAGGCAGCCAACAUCUGACACAAAAUUAUCUUUCAAGGUCCCGCUGGUGCCUUAUAUUCCAUGUCUUAGUGUGCUUUUCAACUUGUACUUGAUGUUGGAAUUAGAUUUACAUACAUGGAUAAGAUUUUCGGCGUGGUUGGUGAUAGGUUUCCUCAUUUACUUCUUUUAUGGAAUACAACACAGCGAGGAAAAUCCGAAUAGAAGAAAAACGAUGUCUAUAACGUCGAAAGACGAUAAGGAAGUCACCAAGUUUUGA